GCUGGGGCUGCUGCUGGCCGCCGCCGGCCCCGGCGCGGCCAGGGCCAAGGAGACGGCCUUCGUGGAGGUGGUGCUCUUCGAGUCCAGCCCCAGCGGCGACUACACCACCUACACCACCGGCCUCACCGGACGCUUCUCCCGGGCCGGGGCCACGCUCAGCGCCGAAGGCGAGAUCGUGCAGAUGCACCCACUGGGAUUGUGUAAUAACAACGAUGAAGAAGACUUGUAUGAAUACGGCUGGGUUGGCGUCGUGAAGCUGGAACAGCCAGAGUUGGACCCUAAACCAUGUCUCACCGUCCUUGGCAAGGCAAAGCGAGCAGUGCAAAGAGGAGCUACUGCAGUCAUCUUUGAUGUAUCCGAAAACCCCGAUGCUAUUGACCAGCUAAACCAGGGCUCAGAAGACCCACUAAAGAGGCCGGUGGUCUACGUUAAGGGAGCGGAUGCUAUCAAACUGAUGAAUAUUGUGAAUAAACAGAAAGUGGCACGAGCCCGGAUCCAACACCGACCCCCUCGGCAACCCACUGAGUACUUCGACAUGGGGAUAUUCCUGGCCUUCUUCGUGGUGGUAUCCUUGGUUUGCCUCAUCCUUCUGGUCAAAAUCAAACUAAAACAGCGACGCAGUCAGAAUUCCAUGAAUAGGCUGGCCGUGCAGGCUCUGGAAAAGAUGGAAACCCGGAAAUUCAAGUCGAAAAGUAAAGGCCACCGGGAAGGAAGCUGUGGCGCCUUGGACACGCUCGGCAGCAGCUCAACGUCAGACUGUGCCAUCUGCCUGGAGAAAUACAUCGACGGAGAGGAGCUAAGGGUUAUUCCGUGUACCCACCGGUUUCACAAAAAGUGUGUGGAUCCCUGGCUGCUGCAGCAUCACACUUGUCCCCACUGUCGCCACAGCAUCAUCGAGCCCAAGGGCAAUCCCGUGCCCGUGUGCCUGGAGAGCAGUAACCCGGCCCCCGGCCGGCAGCAAAGGGUCAUCUUGCCGGUCCACUACCCCGGCCGGGUCCACCGGACUAGCCAGAUCCCGGCCUACCCGACACGCACGAGCAUCGACUCCCAUGGAAACCCCAUCACGUUGCUGACUGUGGACCGGCCCGGGGAGCAGGGCCUGUACCCGGCUCCGGCCCCGGCCCCGGCCUACGUCCGCAGUUACCAGCCGAUCCACCUGGACCCCACCGGGAGCGCGCACCACUGCGGCCUGGAGCACAGGGCCUACUCGGCCGCCCACGCCUUACGGAGGCCCAAGUUCGGUGGGCGCGGCUUCUCCAAGGCAGCUUGCUUCUCCCAGUACGAGACCAUGUAUCAGCACUACUACUUCCAAGGCCUCAGCUACCCGGAGCAGGAGGGUCACCCCGCGGCUGGCGGGGCCGCCCCCAAGGGCCCCUCCCGCACCUUCCCGACCGGGGGCAGCCUGCUCUUCCCCACAGUGGUCCACGUGGCCCCGUCCUCCCGCCUGGAGACGGGCAGCACCUCCAGCUUUGGCUGCUACCACGGCCACCGCUCCGUGUGCAGCGGGUACCUGGCGGACUGCCCGGGCAGCGACAGCAGCAGCAGCAGCAGCAGCAGCAGUAGUGGCGGGGGGGCCGGCGGCGGCGGCGGGAGUUCCGGUCCCUGCCACUGCUCCUCCAGCGACUCGGUGGUGGACUGCACCGAGGUCAGCAACCAGGGCGUGUACGGGAGCUGCUCCACCUUCCGGAGCUCCCUGAGCAGUGACUACGACCCCUUUGUCUACCGCAGCCGGAGCCCUGGCCGGAGCGGGGCCGUCCUCCCGGAGGGAGCCCCGCGGGAAGAGCCCCCGGCCUCCUCGUUGGGGGACCAGCUGUCAGACUGCAGCCUGGAGAUGAACUACAGCAGUAAUUCCUCCCUGGAGCCCAGGGACCCCCACAGCUCUACCUCAGAGGGAGGGCUCGAGGCGCCUCCCGCAGCCCCCGCCACCGGACGGAGGACCUGGCAGGGCCCGCGGGCCAGCGCCGAGUCCCCGGAGCCGGCCUGCCCCUGCUGCUCGGAGAUCCAGCCCUCGGCCCCAGAGCCCGACCCGGCGGCGGGGACGGCCGACGACGGCGGGUCACCGUUCCCGGGCCUGGCCCCAUGGGGGGCGCGCGGCCCAGGGGCGGAGCCGCGGCCGGGAAGCGCCCAGGGCUCUUAUGGCGUCCCCCCGGACCACCUGCACAGGACAGAUGGGGCGAAAUAUGAGGGCUUGCCCUGCUGCUUCUAUGAAGAGAAGCAGGUGGCCCGCGGUGGGGGCGGCUACACGGAGGACUACGCGGUGAGCGUGCAGUACACGCUCAGUGACGAGGCCCCGCCCGGCUGCUACCCGGGGCCGCGGGAGCCGGGACGGCGCAUCCCCAUCAUUCCCGAGGACGUGGACUGUGAGCCGGGCCCGCCCCCUGGCCGCCAGAGGCCCUGGACCCGCAGCUCCUGGGAGGGGGCCCCGGGCACGGACCCUCGACAGCAGCACAGGGGCAGGGCCUUCCCGCAGCCGGGCCGCUCGGAGGAGGAAGAGGAGGUGGAAACCCGAACCUUCCUCCCCAACACCACCUUUGUUUCUCAGGAGGCGGCAGCAGCAGCAGCAGCAACCACCAAGGCUGCAGGAUCAGAAUCUCAUCGCCUGGACAGGAGCCCAGAGUCCUAGAUAGCUGGACCACAGCAAUCUUAUGGAGACUUCACGUUCUGUUCGACUUUUUUCAAAAACAAAACAAAAAAAAAAUUGUUUUUUAGCUCUGACAAACACAAAAAUGGUAAUAUGGAGAGCCCUCCCCUCUGCUCCAAAUUGUGAGCUGCCUGUGGUAAACCCCCAGCCCAACCCUGAUCCUGUUAAAAACAGCCUUCCUCCUUUCUCCAAGAAUCCUGUUGUCUCAACAAUAUAUAUAUAUUUUUUGUGUGUGUGUGAAGUAAAUCUGUUUGCCUGGGGUUCCGAGGUGGAUGGGAUCGAGCUCUUCAUCUUUAUGGUAUUUGUAAAAAGUAUUAUUUAAAUAUAUAUUUUUAAAAACCCUAACCCUCCCAACUCUUUUGCUGAACAGAAUCACACUGCCGCGUUAGGCAGACGCACGCGUCCUACGUAGAUCCCGUUCUCUCUCCUUGCCAUGCCCCGAGGGAGUUCAGGACUUCGGUAAGCUCAGGGCCAUACCUGCCUUAGAUAUUUUAACCAGAAACUUGAAAUGGAACGACUGUCUGACCCUGGCACGCACUGGAGAGCAGUACAGUCCUGCCCCGUGCUUCCUAGUGGCAAGUUCUCCCGGCGGCAUCCCAGUCUUGGGGAGAGGCAGGGACCCACAAGAGGGUGGGCUCGGUUGGGCAGUCCUGCCAAGCUGUCUGGUCGCCCCCGAUAGAAUUUGCUGCAGGGUGCAGUGGCAGCCGCCUGAACACGAGGUUAUUCGGGGGUGCCUUUGACUGCACUUGCUGCCCCAGGGCAGCGGUGAGGGUCUCGCACACCUCUGACCUUCUGAAGACCAAACUCAUGGGGAUUCUUGAGUCACCAUCCAGAGGAAAACCGCAGGGGUUUAGCAAUGUCUUCCCAGGACCAGUCGAGUCGGAAGCUCCUGCCACUUUCCUAAUGCGGCUCGAAUGAACUCUUCUAAUCUGGGGUGGCUGGGGUAAAGGCAUCAGCUGCACCUAAAGAAAUAUUCUGUCUCUGUGGAAGUGGCGUGGGGGUCCUCGGAAAUGUACAAAGAUGGUUUGAUCUGGUUUGAGGGAAACCCCGUGGGGUUGUAAGUUUUACUGCCUCGACUGCAAUAGAGACCAUUGCGCAUGUGCAUUGAGAAAGGGGUUGGCAGGUGAGUGUGUGUGUAUGUGUGUGUUGAGUGGAUGUACAUGCCCUUGGCUUUUCCUGGAGUUGUGAGCACAAGGCCUCCAUUUGUGAAUCUGGCAGAAGUAUUCUUGUAAAGUCAGCCUGCUUUUCUUUAAAGACACCCGCAUGCCCUCACUGCUGUUCUAAGAGCUCUGAGCAUUUAGUUUGCAGGCAGGCUCAUAGAACAUUGACCACGUUAUCAUUGACCACGUUAUCUCCUGUACAUCGGUGGUAUUUAUUGACUGCUUUCUGUGUGCAGAGCACUGGACUAAGCAUUUGGGAGAGUACAAUACAACAGA